AGUUCAUCGGCUCGACGGUGACGGAGAUGGCGCACAAGCUGAUGCAUGCGCAAGGUGCUGGGCACAAGCUGAUGCAUCCUGUUCUUGAGCGCGACGAUGUGCUCCCGGUCGCGGGCAUGCCGCACGUCUUCAACGAGCUGGGCAGCUACAUGGUGUGGAACUCGACCGUGCCGUGGCGGCGCGUCGAACCCGAAGAGUUCGCGCCAAUCAUGAUCUUCAACAAGCAGCUCGACUUCGUCCACAAGAUUUUCAACAAGUUUGAUGGGCCUUACAGCGGCAAGAAACAGCCCGUCGAAAAGGGUUCGCAAUACUAGGCAUGUGUGGAGAGUGCGCGCAUUCUCCCUAGCAUACAUUCCAUGGUGGGCAAGGGCGGCAGCGGCAGCCUAGGCCAGGGAGAGGACCUGUCGAACCAGCUGCUGCCCAAGAAGAUCGAGGUGUGGUCGAGCCCGGCCGCCCACGCCCAGUGGGCCCGCUUCCUCUGACGGAGAGGAUAGCAGCGGCGGAGAGGACAUGGACGUGUAGCGAUUCGGACAAAUUCGGACGAGUGGGAAAGCGAGGCGGCGAGGGGCGAGGCCUAUAGUGCUCCUCCUUGCUCACUACCCCGGCACCGCACUCAGCGAGGAGCCGAAGGAGGAGCACUGGCCCCGCGCCGGUCUGCUCUGGCCUGGUGCUCUUGCUUUUGCCCGUGCACGUAUACCGGAAGUGUGUGUGAAUCGUGCGCGACCGCCUUGGGUUGUAAAAUUCUUUUUCUUUUGGUAUGUCG